AUGAGUUCGAAAGCGGCCAAUUAUAUUCAACUCCUGGACACGGCUCGCAGUGAAGGGAAUUGGGAUUCUGUGCCAGAACUUGUCAGAAAGAUUAGGAAACAUGCGCCUACCCGAAUAUGCCUCACGUUGACUGCAGAGACUGAAUAUGCCGUCACACAACACUAUCUUAAUAGAUCUACCUCUUCCACGCGACCUUCGACAGCGGGUUCUACAUCCUCGAGUCUCUCCAGAUAUAUACCACCACUCCAAGAAGCUAUAGCGAACGAGCGGCAACAUGUCGAGGAUGAUUUCCAGGCGCAGGUCUGUAUUGCUUGGAUACAUUGGCAUAUGGGAGAGCAUGAAUUGGCAGCUACGAGUUUACCCGAAAGUGUAGAAGCCGAGUUUUCGCAACUUGAUGGGACCAGCAAAGAAUCGAAUGAAUGGACGAAAGUGUGUGCACUCAAGGCAUCAUUUAUCAAGGGAGAUUCGCAACGAAGAAUUGGAAAUGUGUCAGAAGCAUUGGAAACGUUCGACUCCGCUUUGCCUAUACUUGGAAGCAUAUCAACUACAACACAAGCUAACGGCCGGAAGGAAUUGAUCGGUUGGAUUGAAGAGUUAUUGGCAGGAUUUUGCAUGCUAUCAAGUCAUGCUAUCAGAACAAAGAUAACCCCUAUACUCGAAACCGAGACGUUGUCAUCCUUCCGCGCUUGGUCUCGAUUUUGGGAAUGGGCUCCAACAAAGCCAGUAGGUCGCACACUGAAUGCUCAAGUCUCAAGGCGAGAAGUAUGGAGAGAAUACUAUAUCACAGUAUCCGAUCUACUCCAAAAACAACUACCGUUUCCUACUACCGCCCUUACCACCGCAUACCCUGACUUAUCAUUGAGAUCGGAGCAACGAGCGGAAUUAAAACGAGUGGAAGCACGCUACGAGGAAUUGUUAUUGAUCGAAGUACAGUUUCCGAAGGCGGAAGAGCCGAGUGAGGAAGUCGAAACAUUCGUGGAAUUAGUUAUGCAAAACUGGAGAGUUUUGUGUGGGAAUUCAUGGCAAGAACAUGAACUUGGCGAAGGGGGAGCAGAGGCACUUAGCAGAGGUGUUUUGGACAUCUUGUAUAAUGCCGCAACCAAGACAUUCCAUUCAACGCCAAUUUUACGACAUUUAUUCACUGUUCAUAUUGCAGUCGCGGAAUUUGAUUUAGCGUUCAAAGCAUUUGAUACCUAUUUGGAAAUUGUGAAGAGAGGGAAAGCCCGGGUAGAGAAAACAGGGGAAUUGGAACACGGUUUAGAUGACGAUGAAACAGUGUUGAAAACCGCUGCUGAGUGUAUCAGGGCACUAUGUCGAUAUGGCUCAAGAGAAGCCUCUGAGAAAGCGAAAGACCUCGGUCACUUUUUCGAGGAGUGGCUGACUAAACACCAUCCCCUCGAACAGCGGAAUGGAACCGAGCGGCUAAUCGAAAAUGGCACCUCGACAGCGUCAAGCACUCUUAUAUCGCCAAAAGUGUUUGCUAUUGCUUGGCGAUCAAUUGGAAUUGGCUAUUCACAAUGGGCACGAUUGACUUUCGAUGCAUCUUUGAGAGGGAAUAUUCAACUGAAGGCCAUAAAAUGCUUUCGGCGGGCUCUUCUUCCGGAGUAUGAGAGUACAGCAGAUGUAGAAACCCUUUUUGCGUUAGGCACAAUCCUUGCAGAGCGCAGAGAAAUAUCUACGGCGAUUGAAGUUGUGAAGGUCGGGCUUGCUCCCCUACGUCCCAGUUUACCAAAUGACAAUGGCUCAUCUGUUACGACCAAAUUUGCACGAGAAAGAUCUCUAAUACCCUUAUGGCACCUCAUGGCUUUACUUCUGAGUGCACGUCAAGAUUUCAUGACAGCAGUGAGAUCUUGUGAAGGGGUUUUUGACCAAUUUGGAGAACGAAAAAACCUGUAUGGUGAAUCUGAACUUGAUGGUUCAUUUAGAAGUGACCACCUGGAUUCUAACGAAAAGCCCAUGGAAGGAAAUCGAGGCUUGGUGGAUGAAAUGGAUGAUUUUGAAAAAGAAAAUCUCUUAGAGGUCAAGAUGACUCAAUUAUCCCUCAUAGAAGUCCUUGAGGGCUCUGAAGUCGCGGUCAACUGCAGCGAUGAACUUCUAAGCCUAUACACAAGACUAUUCGGCGACCCUUCCAAGGAAGUUGUUCCUACAAUAGUUCAACCUGUUGCGUUGGUACCUCCAAAAACCUAUGCAGGAACUAUUAGGACUAUGAAAGGAAGUAUAUUUGGACGAUCUCUAAAUAGGUCAGCGCGAAAAGAUAUGUUGGCUUCAAUAGAACCGAGCACAAUUUCUCAAAGACCAAGUACCGCGCAUACCAUGGUCCACAAGGCACCGACUAUUCAGGUGACUCAUGAGAAUGGUACUGCCGGAAGACAACAACGUCGACGUUCUGUAGACCAUGAAAAGCUGCACAAAAAGGCAAAUCUCAGAAAUACUUCUCAAGGGCCAGAUAGAAGCGCAAGUGUAGGGAGAACACAGACCGACGGGGUUGCGACGGAAAUAGAUGCGCAAAAUCGGGAAAUUAGUUUUGAAGAGAGCUCAAAACCAUUACCUCCAGCCUCACAGCAAAUGGACCAAAAAGAACCGGCUCUCAAAGCAACAAAUCUUAAUCAUGUCGUGGUUCAAGAUAAUCGUCUCCCAAUUACUCCACAUUCAUUAUUACCAAGUCCCACGACACGAUUCUCCAAAGAUUCUGAGAGGCGACGAAGAAUAUCAACAUUAGUCCGAGUAUGGUUAUUGAUUGCUGGUUUCUAUCGACGAGCAACCAUGUACGAAGAUGCGAAAGGUGCAAUUGAAGAAGCGCAUAAGUUGGUUAAUGGGUUGGAGACAGAUAUUGUCAAUGACCCUACCGGGUUGGCAUCGUUUGAUCAUCCUGGCUGGGGAGGUGGGAAAAGUGUGGAUGAAUUAUGGGGUGAUGUUUUCUCCGAGCGUGGUUAUCUUUUUGUCGAUCAAUCUUCUCCAUAUACGGCACUUGAAAACUUCGAGGCUGCUUUGAGCCACUCGGCAGAUCACCCUGCUGCGAUUGUUGGACUGUCCGAUCUUCUGCUAGACAUAUAUACGGAAGAUGUUCUGCCACAACCGACCAUACCACCUCUUGUUCUUCCCACAGUCUCUGCUAGUACUCCCUCAACCUCGAUCUUCAAUACCUCAGGUCAAUCCAAACCACAUCAGUCAACACAUCCUGACUCGACUACAGGACCUCUUGGUCUUCCACUUCCUGUUUCCCUCAAACGAGAUAUUCUCACUGCUCCAGAGAAGAAUGAAGCUGCCCAACUUGAUAGACUCGCAGCUCGCGACCGUGCCUAUGGACUUUUAUCCGGCCUAACAAAAUUAGGUUCAGGUUGGAAUUAUUCAGAAGCAUGGUAUUCAUUAGCCAGAGCUUAUGAACUAGGAGGACAGAAAGAUAAAGCGAGAGAUGUGCUUUGGUGGUGUGUGGAAUUGGAGGAAGGACGAGGAUUGAGAGGUUGGAGUGUGGCAAGUAGUGGUGGUUAUGUUCUCUAA